AUGGCCAGUUCACCUCCAGCCGCCGUGCCGGCCGAGAGCGCGACGACGACGGCAGAUUCACCUGCAGCGGCCGUACAGGCCGAGAGCCCAGCGACGACAACGGCACAAACGCCAACCCCCACCGCAACGGCGCCUCUUGAGCCCGAGGAAGAAGGCAAUGUUGGUGACCUGUUGUGGAAGGAGAUGGACCGACUUGAUCUCGCCCAUGUGAUGAUUGUCAAGGCAACGGGCAGCAAGCUCUUCCAUGCUCCUCUCGAUUGGGACAAGAUCCAAUCGAUCCUUGAUAUCGGAACGGGCACUGGACUUUGGGCUGUUGAAAUGGGCGACAUCUUUGAACGCGCCGAGGUUUACGGGAAUGACUUGAGCGCCAUUCAGCCCCAAUGGGUUCCUCCUAACGUCAGGUUCGAGAUCGACGACGUCGAGAGCCCCUGGGUCGAGGCCAAAAAGUACGACUUCAUCAUGUGCCGAUACAUGACAGCCUCAAUCAUGGACUGGCCCAAGCUGGUUCGCAACAUUUACAACCACCUCAACCCGGGCGGCUGGGUCGAGUUCCUCGAUAUGAACCCGGAAUUCUACUCCGAGGACGGCAGCUACACAAAAGACCACGCCACGUACAAGUGGAACCAGGCUUUCCUGGGCGCCAUCCGGGCCGUCGGACGCGACCCGACCCCCGGUCCGGGGCACGAGGGCCGCGUCCGGGAGGCGGGCUUCAUUAACGUCACGGCGCAGAAGUACAAGGCGCCGCUGACGCCGUGGGCCAAGGACUGGCACUACAAGGACCUGGGCAUGAUGAAUCUGGUCCUGACCAUUGAUGGUCUGGAGGGAUUUUCCAUGAAGAUGUUUACCGAAGUCCUCGGGCGGACGGAGGAGGAUGUCGAAGUGGAGAUCAUGGGCGUGAGGAACGAGUUGAAGGCCAAUCCACCCGUCUUCCACGCUUUGGUUGAAUUGUGA